AUGACCGCGUUUCUGAACACAGGAUGCACUAAUCGGUCAACGUUUGCAAAUGUUUCUAUUUUGUCUCCCGAGAAUGAAACUCGGAUGAUUAACAAACUUCAUUGUGAAACUCAGUGGUUUAAUCUAGAUGGGAGCAUUGCAAAUAGAUAUCGAGGAUGUCCAGAACGUUCACAUUUUCCUUCCACUACACAAUCUACAUCGUUUGGUCAGGGAUGUGCUACCAAUGAAUUUAACCUGAUCCAGGAUGCUCCAAACAACAACUGGAGUACAGCUGAUCAUCAAUGUUGCUGUGGUUUUCAAGUGCACAAUUCGGAUGCAUUCGAGGAGGAUGAAACGAAUAGAUAUGAAGAGGAUAAGAGAAAUGCUAAAUUUCUAGAUCCACUCCAUGGUUUCCACAUGUGUUCCACACCUAGCUUCCAUGACGGUGCGGACAAACAUCAAGAGCUGGAUUAUUCAAUGCUUGCUAGUAUACCCUCAACAGGAUUCAGUGAAUCUCCUAUUGUACCUGCUAGUGCCAAGAAUUCGCGUACUAACUGUUCCACUAAAAUCUACCAUUUUCUUUCCCUGGAGCAUCUCAGCCAAACGGAAACACCUCAUACACAUGUAAUCACAGAAUCAAAACCUUUCCAAAUUGACCGAUGCAGAAUUUACAAAAAUAAGGCAAAUGCAGCAAGAUUUCCACAGGGGAUCAGAAAAUUUGAGCUUCCUCUACAGGAGCACCUUGCAAAAUCGAGGCUGACGGCAGGCUGUACUUACUAUCGACACAAUCAGCUUGUGUGGCAUGAUGAGAAGGUGAAUGUCGCAAGUGGUCUGGAUGAAACAUUUGUGGCAGCAGGUGAAGAUCUUACGACAACAAAGCAAUGGUUCAGAAUAAUAAUGGUUAUCCUCAUCUGCAUCACUGUAAUUUUAUGCUUUGGAUUACGCCUCAAUGAUUGGUAUCGCCGUUACAAACUAAUGCAGAAGUACUUCGUCUACGUGACUAAAGAUCCUGGUGACUCUGAUAAAGACCUGUUUGGAGAAGAACAAUGGCCCGAAGACACUGACGCCGUAAGAGAUGCGGGACACCUUGUCGAUCCAGUUGAAAAAAUAUCUUCAGUUGCAUCAUCAAAGGGCAUGGUACUGACCCUGUGUAAUCUUAACCCUAUACGCGGGACCUCACUUUUUGCUGUCCAAAAUGGUUCCAGCAUUUAUGACUGGAUAUUAGAAAAUCAGAACAAUAAAUUGAAUGGAAAAGAAAUAAGAAAACCUGUUACAAGAACUCGAACAUUGGUUUCACUGGAUUUACUACGUCGUACUGGUCUCCGAAUCGAAGAAAUGCUCAAAUUUUGUCGAAGUGACAAAUAUAUUUAUGAAUCUGGAAACUUCUCCACAAUCUUGACCCACUACGGAUUAUGUUACCUGGUGGAAGUGGAAGCGGAUGUUCGUAAUAUACAUUGCAUCUUGGAUCCGCAAGAGUAUGACUAUUUGAUCUACGGAUACAACGCAGUGGGAUUUCGAAUAUGGCUACAUUUUACUAAGAAACAGGCGAUAGCCGAUUUGCAAAUAGACCAGCACUCUACAUACGUUGAUCUCCAUGCCGCGGAUGCUCAAAUCAAAGGCAUUCGUCCAAACGAAGUGAUUGUCGGCUCAAAUUUUGAUACGGUGAUCCGUGUUGUUGGGAACUUGAAGCAUCGUGCAAAAUGUCAAGCCAUCACUUACCCAUCAUGCGGCCUAUCAUGUUUGGGUCCUGAGAAUGAUGUUAAUGAGCAGGAUAACGCCUUUAAAAACAAAGGAACCUUCAAAUGGCAGCCAGAGAAUUGGCAUUCAGGGAAGAUUCCAAAUUUACCUGGGACUUCCUGCUUGCCAUAUGUCCUCUCCGCUUUACAACUUCCAAAAUCUUCCGAAUAUCACAAACUGCUGGCACUGAAACGUCCAACGAUGUUUCAAAGAAAUGCACUGGCGGUCUCGAUGGGUUUACGCAUUCAACAACGCGCUUACCUACGACUGGCCAACGCUACUGCAUUUGAAGGGCUGCGCGCAUUACUAGACGCAUUUGGUGAUUUGCAAAAUGGACUAGAGAACAUUUCAACACAAGUCUAUACGAUUCGCGGACGCUUAUGGAGCGAUGAAGUGAAAUUUUCUCAGGUACUUGCUCAAUACGUAAACAUAUGCGUCAAGGCAAAUAUCGGGUAG